CUGCUUCGUAUCGAAAUAAAAACAAAUCAGGUUACGGUGCUUGAUUGCCUAGGAGCCUAGGAGUCCAGUACAUUACUCCAAAUUUUCCAUUCCUGGCAUUAUCAACGAAAACAAAAUUAAUCAAUCUCCUGAACUCAACCAACUACAUACCUAACCUUCCCAUCAAACUGCUUAUCCAUCUUCACGAAUUAGCAACACUUCGCCUUGGCAUGAUAGCGCAGAAGAUUUUAUUACCAUAUCGCAUGUCGCAUCUCACAUCCAUUCGCUCUAGACUUUCCUCCUAGAGCUGCCCAUCAUGCCGAAGUGGGACAAAACUCGCGACUAUUACGCGGAUCUUGAACUGUCCGCGAGUGCUUCGACCGAAGAAAUCAAAAAGCAAUUCAAGAGACUGGCGCUUAAGUACCACCCAGACCGCAAUCCGGGCCGAGAAGCUGAAGUGAAUCCGAAAUUCCAAACUAUCCAGUCUGCUCACGAAAUACUCAGCGACGAGACAUUGAGAAGACAAUAUGACGAUGCUCGUAGGACAUAUUCCAUACGCAAUCCCAGAGCAUCUGGAGUUCGAGGCAAUCCAUGGCAGGAUAUUGCCAAACAGUAUCCGCCGCCACCGACGCGAAACACAACGCAGAGGUCUCCUACCCGACCGCAAUCCGGAGCUCAGCGCUAUACUAGCUUCACUGCGAACAUGCCUCGAACACCUAGAGCUAAUCCUCGUGAUGACCCUCAAUCUCGCAAGAGCUAUGCUGACGCAUGGGAAAAUAUGAGGCCAAGCGCCUCCCGAAGACCGCCUCCCCCGACCCCAGGUCGAGCACCAACGUCAGCAACGCGGGACACAAAAACAUCGGGCUCGGAACAUGUUCCGCCUAAGACUGCAUAUCAGCAGCAGAAGGCUCAAGCCUCGUUUGGGAAUAGGCGGACAGGCUUUGUACCGCGUUCUCCUGGGCAAGCCGAUGAGCCUCCCGUCCCCAGCAAGAAUUACUUCACAACUCGAACACAUUCAAGCAUGUUCACCGAAACAUCAGCGUUCACCGAAGCAUCAGCUGAUACCACAUCGGCUGAAACCGGCACGUCCACAAGGCCAGAUCCACUCGCUCAAUUCAGAGAGAAGGUUUGGGACGAGCGGCAAAGCAUGCCUUAUCAUUCUCCUGGUGGGGAGAAGACAAGUCUGUUUGACGAUGUUCUAGGAAUAGGGCGAACUGCAAGCACACGAUCACCCCGGAAAGCAGAAAUGCCUGGAGCCUUCCCCCAGCCGCGCCCCCGAAGUUCUAGCACGCCGCGAAGUUCCAGUAACGAUGGAGGUUCCGAAGAUUCAAGCAAGUUCGACAAUAGUACCAAGCCGUCCACUAAUCAGCAGAUGCCCAACGAUAAUAGCACCUGUCAGCCGCGAUUUAACGACGGACCUAAGCAAACGGCCGAAGCAAACGGUAUCUACCCGCCACCUCGACCAGGAACUGCCAAGAACCCACCAACAACGGAUGCUACUAAACCAGGUCCCAGCUCUACUCAGACUACCAACGGUCCUUCAGUCUUUACUUUUGCGACCGGAAACGGCAUUCAUAGCCAGGGUACCGGACUCUCCAGCAACAGCGCCGACAAUAUCAAUACUAGGUUUGUUGAUGAUGAGCUACCCGAAGACUGGAAGUUCAGCGCUGGUACAGCCUCAGCGAGCGAUUCGCAGACCCCCACCAGGGUGCAGCCCCAUUCACGCAGCCGUAUAAGCCGUCGUCAUAUACCGAGGCCUAGAUACACAGAGACGGAUAGUAUACCACCAGCGCAGAGUGGUGUAGGAAAUGGUGCAGGACAUGGGUUCUUUGCUGGUGAAUGGAGUGACAAGAUAGGAUCCCAGCAUUUCGAGCCACAACCGCCACGCAGUACUUCUAGUUCUCCAUCUCGCCGCGCAAACCUGAAGAAACCUAAACCGGUCAAAAUGACGGCAGGCACAGCUGGAUUAGUAGAUGAGGAAGAGAGCGAGGGAUGGCAGGAAGUCCACCAAUCAUCUACCGAAUCUGCGCAAGCCAACAUGGAUACUGCAACCGCUAUGGAUAUCGACUCACCUCCAUCGGAAAAGGCCAACGAUACGCCAAAGGUGUCCCAGAUGAAUGGCGCACGAAAUAUUCCUGUCGAACCCCAUAGAGAAGAGUGGAGAGCAGGUGACGUUAAUGGGGUGCGAACCAAGUCCGCGAGCCCAACGCGAGAUAGAGACUGGGCAAAGGGAAAUUCCACCCAAACUGCUGCGCCUGAGACGGCUUCUAUUCCCACGACGAACCCCUUUGUUCCCCAGCAUGGCGGCUCGGAAGAUACCGACGAGUUUCUUACCACAUUCUCUGACUUGAAAAAGGUAGAGCCAUUUGUCGAUCCAGCUCCCAAGGGGCUUGGAGACUUUGGCGAUCUGAAGACUACGCUGCCAUUCCAGAGCAUGCCUUCGGAGCAGAUCCCUCUCGGGAAGGAACAUUUGCCCAAGCCUACAACACUUGAGUUCCCAGCUCCGCCAGUCGCUCCACGGCUACCCCAGGCAGUGCUUACGGCGGGGGUCCGUCCUAACCAAGUACAAUUCAGUAAAUACGCGCAGGACUUUUAUCAGUAUAUGGACAAGUGGGAAAGUUUCAAUGCUAGAAUCAUGGCUCAUUUCUCUACCCGUCAAGAGUAUUUCAAGAUCCGUCGCCAACAACGAGGAGCAGCAUGGCUUGAUACAUCUUUGGGGGGCAACGAUGCUGCACGCGAAUAUCUGACAGAGCUGGAGCAAGAUCAGGCUGUCCGUCAGCAAUGGCUCAGUGCACACGCAGGUCACCAGGCCAAGAUCCGCGAAUUCAUGAUGUUCAGAGAUCAGGUAAAAUAGUGUGACCGGUCUCGCAUCUAUCAGAAUAGCAAUUUUGCCGAUCUUGGUCAAUCCCGCACCAGUGCUGCGCCAUUUCGCCCCAUCUUCUUAUAUUCCGGCAGGACACCCCCUUAUUAACGACCC